CGCUUGUGCAGUCUUGUGAAAUACUUUUUGUUGUGCGUAAAAAAGUUCUGAUUGAUUAGCCGUGUUUCUAGUAAAACUAAAAAUAACAUUCUUAAUUUGUUGUUUGCGGCAUAGAACGGCAUCAAGCCGGUCUGUAACCAAAAACACAUUCGGACGGAAAAUCAAAAACGAAAAUCAGCAUCGCAAGAGUCCAAAACAGUGGCUACUAGAAGAUACUGUGUGAAAAUAGUAAUACUGCCAAAAAUGGUCGACUCUCAGGAAUUGAAAGGCGAGUUUAACGGAGAAAUUGAUGUUCAUAGCGACGAGGAAAUGUUCCCUUUAACUGGAAACUCGCAAUAUGAGUUGAAGGAUUUAGAUAGUCAAACAAUGCAGUUAUUCAACAGUCAAACAUACGCAGAUGAUGCGAACCGGGUUCUAAAUAACAACGACUUUGCCACACACUCCGAGGGCUUUGAGAUUCCGGUGACAUCAAAAAGCAUUGACAACCUAGUUCCAGGCGAAACGAUCGAGUUAGAAGUAUACACAGCUCGUGUAAACAAUAAACCAACAUCGACAACGCUCGAGCAUUUAAAGCUUUUUCCAUCACUGGACGCAAUGCUCUUGCCGUGGAUCAACUUCCAGGUAAGCCUUCCAAGCGAAUCCAGUGACAAAACCAGUUGGAUGUUCUCGGGAAAAUUGCGCAAACUUUUCGUCAAAAUGGGAAACACAUGCACAUUUAACGUUUCCUUAGCAGCAGCCCCAGAUACGGCCACAUUCGUUCGAGCCAUGGUUGUAUGCUCAGCACCAGAGGAUCUGCACCAUCCGGUUAGCCGUUGUGAUAAUCACCGUUGUAGUGACAAUCUAGACAUAGGAGAUGAUAUUAAAAUGCAUGUAGCACGAUGCAAAAAUGAGCAGGUUACCUAUGUAGGUAUCAAAGAUGGGAAAGUUUUCGAAGAACGUUUGGCGGUUUUAGUUCCGAUGGGACAUUCUAACAAGGCAGGAAUCACACUAGAAUUCGUAUGUCAGAAUUCCUGUCGCACCAUAAACCGUCGCGCUACCGCCUUGGUUUUUACACUAGAAAACGAGGCUGGUCAAAUUCUAGGCCGGCAGACGUUUCAAAUUAAGAUCUGUACCAACAUUAAGCGAGACAAGCUAAACGAAGAGAAUGCGGCAAUGGAAGAAAGCAUACGAAAGCGCAAAGCGGCGCAACCUUUAAAUAUGAAGCGUGGCAAGAAACGGGUUCGCUACGGUUACAGUCAGCAGAACGGUGCAAAUGUUCACAUUAAAGAAGAACCGGGUACAAGAGGAUACGAUAUCGAUCCAGUAACGGUGCAAAUCACACUGCCAAGUCGUCGGAUGGCCAAACGCUUGGUCGAAAACGCGGUUGGUCUUGUCUCUGCGGCUAUCGUUCGUUCCUCCAGCGAAACCGUUCGCAGUCAGCUGAUGCAGUAUGUGCAUGACAUUCGACGAAGCAAAUCUAACUUCGGAAUGGCCAACAGUCAGACUAGUGUGGAUAGCGAUUGACAUGGGAGCCCCUCCGGUGCAAAAUGUAUGCAUGUUGUUUUUUAAAAGUUUAUUUAUUAAGUUUAGCGUUUAACGUUUUACAAAUUUACCUGAUAACUACUUAAUAGAGAACA